AACGUCAACUCGCGAGCAUAAACUCUGUGCGUGAUGCAACAUAUCUGCAUGUUUUCUUGCGAACCAGUAGUGUUCAGUUCUUUUUUGUCCUGUGCGCUGCACUACCUGGUAAAUUGCGGCAAUCAAUCCAUCGAGAAACUCGGCGUUUGUAAUGUUCAGGCACAUAUUCACUCUGGGCCCGCGAUCGAUUUCCGCUAUCACAGUCAGGAGCAGAAGAGCGCUUUCGUCCACUGCAAAACCGGUCUCCGCCCCAGUCACCUCCGACGAUCGUCCCAAUUUGGACGUAAAACACCUCAAACACCCGACCAAGGUUCCCCAGCAACCGCACAAAUCCGACAUCGAUCGACGGCAGGAACCGGUGCCUCGAAUCUCGGUGGACGACCAAACGGUGCAGCUUCUGGAACGCCUUUCGCUGGUAGAUUUGGACAGCAAGGAAGCGCACCGGACGCUGGAGGAUUCGAUCGAGUUCGCCUCGCGGAUCCUGGCGAUCGAUACGGACGGGGUGGAACCGCUUUAUACAGUGCUGGAAAAACAGAAGCUAGCCCUACGGGAGGACGUUGUCUCGGAUGGGAACCUACAAGAGGAUGUGCUGAGCAACGCCCGGAUCACCGAGGAGGAAUACUUUGUGGCACCUCCAGGAAACAUUCCGCUGGAGCAGGAUUCCAGCGGGAAUAAGCAUAAGCAGUAGAGAUGGCGAGGUUCCAACAGCUUUUGGAAUCUUGUAGGAAUAGUAAAUUCUUAGGAUUAGAGUUGGGGGGGAUGCUGAAGUUAACGCCAAUUGGGAGGAUGCUGAGAAAUAAUCUGAGGGACGAAUUCCGACGCGGGGAAGCAGGCAUGGCUGUGUAUGAGGGAAGCAGCGGAAUUUCGCUUGGGGAGAAUCUUCGGUUCGUACGGGAGACUUUUGCGACAGAUCUCCCCUUCGGGAUUGUCACUGAGAAGCGCUUUGAGAACCAGACGAUUCCCCUCGGUGAGAAUUGUGAGUUACGCUUGGACCAUGGAACGUGGCUGUCGUGUUCGUACUUUGUGAAUCCAACGACCAGCACGGAGUUCAUGUACAAACUGCAACGGCAGCGGAAGAUUUGGUGGAUGCGUUAUGCUUGCGAUCCCGGACGGUAUUUGAUUUCGGAUUUACGUCAGGACGCGGACAGUAAAGUGCAAUCGGUUGCAAUAAAGGCGCGUUUUGCGGAGGAGGAAGUAGCGCUGGAACAACUAGAGCUUAUUCCCGGAAGUGUGAUGCGCGAACAGAUGGAUGAUUUCCAGGUGAAAGUUGGCAAAUCUAGUCGGAAAAUCACGCCAAAUGUUUUGCGGAUCAGGCAGUGUGCGGAGCUAGCCACGCUGGAAGUUAUUCUGGAUGCGUUCGAGAGCGCCGGAACGGACAGCGUGCGGAUACAUCGCAAGUUGGCGCCGUAUAAGUGCGGAAUCGUGUGUGUUUCAGAUGAUGCCACUCAAUUAGAAGAGCUCCGCGACCUGGCUAAGCAUCUGAGCAACGUUUUGCGAAAAGCCAACAUCACAACCUUGGAUUGCUCAACCCAAAAUGGAACUAGCGAACGAUCCCUCAACAAGCAACUCCGACACUUGGACUCCAUAGCUGUUCCUUACACUUUACUUCUACGUGAUCAAAGCCUACAGAAUGGUCUGUUUCAACUGCGCUCCCGUGACACGACCCUAAACGAAACUAUCCAUAUUUCAGACUUGCCGAACUAUUUAUUGAAGAUCAUAACCAGCUAACAACUAAGACAAAA